GACAGAAAGUAUUCGAAAUAACAAAAUUUUUGCAUUCAAAAACUAACAAAGAGUCUAUACGUCACUACAAAGUUUAUUUCCAUUCAUGCCAUACAAAAUGUCCUCCAAGGAAAAAUCUGCAAAAAAACAACAACAGUUACGUUCUGCAUCUUCCAGACACACCACAACGCCCACCGUGCAAAUUGAAACCGACACCAUAGCCAAAAUUCGAGCUUCUCGUUUUGCUCGCUCCUCUCGCUAUCCAAGACAUUCGAAAUUUCUGGCCAAAACCGAUGAGGAGCAAUAUCAAAUACGCAAAGCCCUCAAUGCCUAUGUGCGCGAGGAACUGCAGCUGCAGGGUAGAAAAACCUACUUCCAGCGUGUGUAUGUUUUGGCUCGAAAUUUCGAACCACCAGAGGAAAAUCCAAAUGACAAAGAAACAGUCUAUUCGGCAGCAAAGGGAGCAAGACAACGUGAUUUUCGAGUGUUUUUCCAAAAACAAAUGGAUCGCAUUUUCAAUGCUCUGGAGAAGAGUAAAUGCACCCAGGAUAUUUUGUCGGGUUUGUUCAUUUGCAUGGACACCUUCACAUAUCUCAUGAUUGAGGGCGAUGAGGAUAUGAUGGGUGAUUUCUUUUAUGAAAUGGCAGCUGUGCACGACAGCGUAUGGACAGAGUCCAAAGUGUUUAUGGUGGAGGACAAAAUUGGCGAGACCUAUUUUAGUGUCUUCCAUUGUCGUCGCUCACCCGUCAUCAACAUCAAUGAGAAGUUUCCUCCCUCCACCCCCAGUGAUGUCAAUUCAAUGAAGGUGCAGCAUUUCAAGAUAAAAGAAAAAAUGCUGCAAGUGGCUGAGACCUUUGCCCAUCACAUAAAACAGUGCGAUGAAAUCGAUGUAGAAAGCACUCUGCCGGCUGAUCCCUACAACAAACUGCUGCCCGAAGUACAACGCAUUGAAUUGGUACUCAAGUCGGAUAGAUUCUAUCACAAUGUCAAGGACUUUGCGAAAACCUAUCGCCUUAUACCCACACAUCAGGAUGAAGAGUCCCUCUUUUGGCCCAUACAAAACAACUACACACCCAUGGGAAUAUUCGAAAGAUCGCCAUAUGAUGUUAAUUUAACCUACAACGAUUAUGGCAAAGCGCAGCACGACAAUACUCAGCUACCGAGGCAAGAAGGCGAAGAGAAGCUUGACAAUGAAGAAAACUAAUCUGCCCCCAAACAAGAUCACCUACAUUCAGGCAUUUCAUAGAUAAUAAUUAAUUGUUGGCUCAAGGAGUUUUUGAGCUUUUCUAAACUUGGUAUUAAGCAUUUCCAUUGAAUUGUGCUUGGAAUUUGAAAUGUUAUGCAAGUUUUUGCCCAGCUAGUAGCUACUCCCAUGUGAAAAAAUUGUAAGAAAAAACAUACAGAAAAAAAAUCUAUCUUGAAAAAUCCUAUGUA